UAUGUUUAACACUAACAUUAUAGAUUUGCUGUUUGACUUCGAAGGAGUUUUCACGGUUUCAAUAUGGAGGAUUACAAGUUCCUAUUUAAGGUUGUGUUAGUUGGAAAUGCUGGAGUUGGGAAAACUUGCCUAGUUCGGCGUUUUACACAGGGUUUGUUUCCUCCAUGCCAAGGAGCUACAAUUGGAGUAGAUUUCUUAAUAAAGACUGUCGAGGUUGAAGGGGAGAAAGUCAAGCUCCAGAUCUGGGACACUGCAGGACAAGAAAGAUUUCGUUCCAUCACACAAAGUUACUACCGCAGUGCUCAUGCUUUGAUUCUAGUAUAUGACAUUAGCACGCAGCCAACUUUUGACUGUUUACCUGGGUGGCUGAGAGAGAUCGAGCAGUAUGCAAACCCAAGAGUUCUACGAGUCUUAGUUGGAAACAAAAUUGACAGAGAAGACCGAGAAGUCCCAAGUGUUAUAGGAGAAGAUUUCGCUACAGCUAAUGAUAUGUAUUUCAUCGAAACAUCGGCAAAGGAAGCGGACAAUGUAGACAAACUGUUUAUGGAAAUAGCUGCUCAACUUACCCGUGAAGCAGUAAUGUCCAGUUCUCACUACAAUGGCUGCUCUACCGAAGUUCCGUCAACAUUAAACGAAUCUCAAGAAAGGAGUGAACAUCAGUGUUGCAAGUUUUCGUGAAAUUUUUAAUUUUUUUCUUAACACGAAGAAGUUCUGAAUAGCCUUACUUUCCACAGUAUUACUAAGAAUUUCUACCACAAAAAGAAAAAAAAACGUGCUUCCAGUCCAGAAUAUAUAUAUAUACUAAAGGUUUUUCCUUUUUUUUUCUCUCUCUCUCUCUUCAAGGGCAAUUAUUGAGAGCAUGAUAAAAAAGCUGAACUUUUGUUUCUUAAAAAAUUUUACACACUGUAUUUCUCUUGUGUUUUAGUGGCAUAAAUGAUCUCGUAACAAAAAGUUUUGGAAAUAGAUUGUUGUAAGUAUCGCAGUCGCUAUGAGAAAAUAUUUAUAAAGGUCGCAGACUAACUGUAAAUUUCAAUUUCUGGGAAGAUUAAGAAAGUGUUAACAGUUCUAAUUUUCAGUAGAAACUUUGAACAAUAUGUACAACAAGUCAUAUAAGAUUGUCUAGAUGUGAGUUUUGGGAGGUUGAAAAACAUGCUGAGUGUUGACAUUCCUAAUUUUGUCAAAUUCACGGGAGGUUCCUGUAAGACUAUCGGAAGCUUAUGACGUGACAGUUUGUAUAUUGGAAAUUAAUUUAUUAUCAUUACAUUUUUGUUGUUACAUACCUUUAUUUCUUGUGCACAAUAUUUUUUUUUGCGAGAAGUAAAGAAGACACGGCAUACUUUUUUACCGUUAUUAUUUGAUUAAUAUAAAAACUUAAUGCAUCUGUAUACAGAAAACAGACGAUAGGAAGAGAGCGUUUUAAAGCGUUGUAGCUUUAAAUAUGAGAAAAAUAAGCACGCAUUUCAUGGAUUUUUUUUAUUGCUGGUGCAGCGUAGUAGAUGGACAGAUAUUUUAAUUAACUGUGUUGUGUUUCCAUAUUUUGACUGUUAUUUGUCAGAAAUAUGUAAGUCGUGUAAAUCCUGAAUGAUGAGUAUAUUGGGGUGAUGAUAAAGUGAUUUCAAGUCGUCCUUUAGGCUUAGUAAAAAGACUCGCGAGCAAACUUACUAGUCUCUGAUUUAUAUCAGAAAUUAUUUUAUGUGUUAGUUAAUUAACAUUAAAUGUUUAAGUUUAUUCAGGGUAGUAUAUUAUAACUU